AAAUAGUUGGCAGGGAAAUGUAGAUUUGUUGAUUCUUUUCUUCAUAUUUCAAGUUUAUCUCCGACCUAAGCACCAAAUUAUUUCUCCACAAUGUCGUACCCAGGAGAAGGAGCCAGAAUGUCUAAUAAUGGAAUGAAAGAGCGGUCACCAGCAGAGAACACUGGUCAUUGGAAAGAAUAUGUUAAGGGGGAGAUGAGACUCAACAAGGAACACUUGGCUAGAAAGGGAGAUGGUACAAAAGAAUGGCCUGGUAUGAAACAGUGGACAAAAGCUGAAAGAGAACAGCAGAGGAUGAAUUAUUUCAAUUCAGGGAGAAAGCAUGAAGAAACGUCAACCUACGAUAGAAUGUUUCACAUCCAACAUGGUUACGAUAGCAGGAUACACAGAGACGACAGAAGAGGACUUCUAAGUGUAGAUGUCCAUUCAGAGGAGUCGUCACGAACGAUCCCCGUGUUGUCCUCAUCAGCGUAUGGUCGUCUCGUUGAGAGGAUGCCCCUAGAGAAACCUAGCAGACAAUACGCCAGAGUUGAGAAACUAAUCAAAGGCUUCUAUAGAACUAGAGGAACAAAUCUAUCACCAACUGAAUAAUAAUUGCAUUUCCAAGUUGAACUGAAUCUAUUAACCUUAUAUUCUAAAUGUUUUUUUUAAUCUAAAUGUUGAUACUUAGAAUACAUAUUUGUAUUAAUGAAUUAAAA